GCCACCAGCCAGCUGGAGAGGUGCUUCCAAAGGCCCCUCAAGGCCACUCCUCUAAUUCCCUCCUCAGAGCCGUCCCCGGACUUGGGGAUGGAUUUCGGGGAUACCAAAGGGCUCCCCAUGGAUCUGCCUUGUUACCACGGCCCUCUGUCCAAGAAAGACUGCGAGACUUUGCUGCUCAAGGAUGGGGUGGAUGGCAACUUCCUGAUAAGGGACAGCGAGUCCAUGCCGGGAGUGCUGUGCCUCUGUGUCUCGUUUAAAAAUUUCGUCUACACAUACCGAAUCUUCAAAGAGAGACAUGGGUUUUACAACAUACAGACCGUGGAAGGCGCUCCCAAGAAGAUCUUUCCAGACCUAAAGGAAUUGAUCUCCGCAUUUGAGAAACCAAAUCAAGGGCUGGUGGUCCACCUUGUACGGCCCAUAAAGAAAACCAGCUCCCGCCUGAGAUGGAGACGGUCACAGAUAAAGUUGGAUAAUAUUUACGAGAACAGUAACAGUGAAUAUGUGGAGGUCUUGCCUUGAAGACAAGGAGACUGAACAAAGCAAUUCGAGAAGACGUCAGGUAUCAGCUCUCACCGGUGACCCUGCUUCUCCUGCAGAUGUGGACCUGGAAUGCUGAGCUGUAAGUGAGCUAUUCAGACUCUCCUGGACUGGGCGACUGAAGAUGUUCUGUCCGCCAGCCUCAGAGAACUCACUCCCCAUGUCCCCACCUCCCAUGCAUCCACCACGAGCAGCUUUGAAACCCCUUUCCCCCUGAGCACUCUUCUUUCUUGGAAUAGGACAGCCUGAACCAAUUCUCCCUGACUUAUCAAAGAUACCACUACAUCAUGGGUGACACCCUCCUUUAGACCAGGCAAUCGGAAGCACAGCUUCAUACAGAAGAGAACACACUUGGCCGUGAGCUAGGAGCCUGAGUUCCAGCCCUGUGGCUACGUGACUUCGGAUAAACCUCUUCCCCAGGCUGGCUCUCCAUUUCUUCAUCUGUAAAACAAACACUGCCCCUGCCCCUGUGCUGAGCCCAGCUGUAUCUGGUGGAGUUGAGGGGUCCUGGGGUGAUGGAGAUGUACGUGGAAUUGGCAUGGGUCUCCAUCCUCCCAAACAGCCAACAUGGUCUCUGCCCCUGCCUGUCCUGGGCUUGGUCAUGAUGGGGGCCCUGACCCCUCCCACACCCUUCUCCCCCUUCAUUCUAGCUCUCCUCUUUCUUACUAAUCUUGAUAUUCCUGUCAAACACAUCCAUGGAUGCAUUAUCUCCCUGGUUUUGCCCAAUUUCACUAAUGCACGAACCACUUCAGCAGCAUGGAUGUAGCUGUGUACCACACUGAUAGGUGUGGGGAUUUUAAAGGUACCCUCCUUCGUGUGGUUCCUGUUCCCGCUGGAUUCUAAGUGCCCCCCAAAGCACGCUUGGGUCUCCUUCCUAUUCCCCAGCGUGGAAAUGUGUGCUGUGUAGAGCCAUGCCCGUUCACAGAACUUUCUGACCAGAAGCACAUUCCUGAAGGGUUUGUUGAAUUGGUUCUAAGUCCUUUGAAUUUUUCUGCUGGUUCGACAUUCUAACUAAGACCUGAUUAGUGUGGAAUGUGCCAAUUCUGUGCCCAUCCUCUUACCUAUCUUCAAGCCAUAGUGAUUCAUUUUACCCUACUGGUCUUAUCUUUCAAAGUUAUUCAAGAGAGGAGCUCGAGAUUUCCGGAUGACAUGAACAGACAGUGUGGUUGGAGUCCCAAAGUGUAAGCCAUUCUGAGUUUCUGGCUCAUAGAAAUCCAGAGCUAUUACCAAGUAGGUAAGAAGUGAAAUGCAGUCACCAUAUUCAGAGAGCUGAGGGCACCAGAAGCAAGCCUGCUUCUUGGGGUUCAGUCCCUAGUCUUUGAUUCUAUAUCCAAAGAAGCAUGUGUCAGUUGCCAGAGUCCCGAGCAAUCUUUGGCACAGAAAACAUAUUCAGGGCCAAUGAAAAUAUAUUUAUUUCUUGAACAAAUGACUGAAUAAGUCAGUAGAUAAAAUGUAGCCACUCGUUCCAGAUAGCAGAGAUUUGUUUGAGCUUCAUUCAUUUCAGAACCUAGUAGAACAAGACUGUUAGUUCAAGACCUUGCAAUCGUAAUUCUCGUAGAAGUGAUUUCCUUUUUCUGAGUACCCGUGCAUAGCACUUUACAUGAUGCUUGGUCCCCCGUGGGAUUUCACCACAUUUCUCAACCAGCAAGCCACACUGAGUAGCCGAUGUGGAUGCCAUGCUAUAAUUUGCUGAAAAUUUUUUAGAAGACCUUGAAAAGGUCACGUGAAGGACAGUUGCAAGAUCCGGGUAGGUGGGACAGGAAGCAGUGGGGGGGGGGGGAGGGGAAGACCUGAGAAACAAUAAUGGCAGGUGUAUUAAGUGUUUGGGUGCCAUUCUGUGACAGAGGAUACAACGCCUACCAGCAGAACUCACACCAGUGCUGGCUCUCUAUAGGAGGGCAGUUUUAACCGUAUGGCAAAAAGAACUCUGAACCCACUAGAACAAUCUUACACUAAGAGCCUGCCCUGUGUUGUAGUUUAGGUGGAGGGUGAUAUUUUCCAAGGAUAUGGGAGAGAUGCGUCCUGCCCCGAGAAGAAAUUAGACGGCCUGAAUGCUAAGGUACCUUCCAGUUCAAGGAUGGUUGGAUCCUAUGGUCAUCUCUUAACAGUUUAGUCGGAAUCUCUCUCCCUCUCUUUCUUUUUUGGACUUCCAUAUGGACUGGUGUUAAUCACAUCCCUUAAUUCUUAACUCAUUAUCACCAUUAAUCCAUGUAAGACCUUUCUUCUGUUUUAUUUCAUUGUUAUCCUCUUUGCGCCGCAUUCCAAUGAUCACACCCUUCCCCAUGGGAAGUUGCUCAAUACUAUUUGAUAUAUACCCUUGAUAUGUAUGCACCCUUGUAGAAGGUACAGCAUUGGUUGUGAAUACAGGUCUUUUACAUUUACAUACACAAUAUUCUAUUGUUCCAAUUAUGUUAUUACCUUUCUCACUGAACACCAUGUUUGGUUCUAGUCUAUAUUGUUGAGUGUAAUUCAGUCUCUCUUUUUUUAAGUUUGUUUAUUUUGAGAGAGAGAGAGAGAGAGAGAGAGAGAGUGUGUAUGUGAGCAGGGGA